AUGUCAAAAUUCGUAUGUCAACAACAAAACGAUGACUCUUAUGAUAUGGAUUUGUUUGAAAUAAAAACCAAUUCAUCGAUGGGUUACAACAAAUGGGUAUAUCCUAAGUCUCAAUUACCAAUUGUUGUAAACACAAGUAUGUAUUUAGUUAAUUUUGGAUCAAUUGAUGAACCUAAAGCUGAGUAUACCAUUCAAUUGAUUUUACGAUUUGAAUGGUUAGAUGARAGAUUGAAAUUACAAACAAACAAACUGUUAGUUUUAGAGGGCGGACAAUACCACUUGAGCCGUAUUUGGUCGCCGUCUAUACAUAUGCCCAGUAAUAAAGAUCCCGAUGUCCUGCAAGCAAAUGAUAGGAAUCCAGUACUGACUCGCAUAUCAUCUGAUGGCAGGAUAUUGGUUAGCAAACGUAUUGUUUUGAAUGGGUUGAGUGAAAUGGAUUUCACAUUUUAUCCAUUGGAUAAACAGUAUUGUGAUAUUGCUAUAGAGUCCAAUGAGUUGUCCGAYACAUAUCUGCGUUUUCAGUGGACAGAUGACCACCCGUUUGAUAUGUCCAACGAUUUCAAUUGGAAUGGCUUUGUCUUCGAGGGUUACAAUUUAAAGCAAAUUAAAUCAUCUUAUAGCCAAACGGGAACAUUUAGCAAAUUGGUGGCCACUUUUAUGCUACGGCGCGAGUUUGGCCAAUUCAUUCUCGAUAUAUAUGUACCAUCUAUUGUGUUUGUGGUCAGUUCGUGGACAUCAUUCUGGGUGGACRUAUCGGCAGCACCAGCCCGGGCAACACUAGGACUAACACCUAUGUUAACAUUGGUUACGAGUGCCAAAACAGCGCGCGACAAACUGCCGAGUGUUUCCUAUAUACACGCAUUAGAUAUAUGGAUCCUAAUGUGCACCUUUUUUAUAUUUGCAUCACUUGUGGAGUACGCGACGGUUAACUAUAUUUAUCACAAAGACUUACGAAAGCCAUUCAAAACACCAAAACCAUCAAAACAAUUGUCGCAAAAAUCAGAUACUCAUAGAAAUAACAUACAAACCAUAACAAAGGGACUGUUGUCUAGCAAUUUAAGUGUCAAUUCAUUGAAUAGUAGUUUUGAGUCAACUUGUCUUAGCAAAAAUGAGUCGUCAAAUAAGGCACAAUCAAGUCCUAUAUCCCUGUUUGCCAAUAAUGAGUCUAAGAUAAUCAAUGGCAGCGACGGUGGCAUAGAAUUAAUUGUACCGAACAUUAGGACUGAUAAUGAAUCGGUAUUUUUUCGAGAGGACUCACACCAGUCAAUAGAAAAUGUAAGUCCAGUGAAAACCUGUAAAUCAUCACAAGAUAUGGCCUAUGAUAUCGAUCGCAUGUGUCGUUACAUAUUUCCCAUUAGUUUUUUACUAAUAAUUAUCAUUUAUUGGGUUACACUUAUUCUGAUGACAUAA